UGGCCUCUAGGGGCGCUCAGAUGGUGUUCGUCCGGCGCGUGACAAUCCACAGCCAUGGCAGGCCUGGGAGUCGCUUUCCGCCGCCUGGGUGCCUUGUCCGGAGCUGGGGCCUUAGGCUUGGCCUCCUACGGGGCGCACGGUGCCCAAUUCCCAGAUGCCUACGGGAAGGAGCUCUUUGACAAAGCCAACAAACACCACUUCUUACACAGUCUGGCCCUGUUAGGGGUGCCCCAUUGCAGAAAGCCCCUCUGGGCCGGGUUACUCUUAGCCUCCGGAACGACCUUAUUCUGCACCAGCUUUUACUACCAGGCUCUGAGUGGAGACCCCAGCAUCCAGACUUUGGCUCCUGUGGGAGGGAGCCUGCUACUCUUUGGCUGGCUUGCCUUGGCUCUUUGAGCUCCCGUUGGUUUAAUUACUGAGUUUUCUGGGUAAUUUUUUGAGAGAUGGAGCGGGAAGGGGAUUAAAGGGAAUGGCAAAUAAA